UGUGUGUGUCAGUCUGUGCGCUACUCUCAGGGCGGGAGGACGCAUCUCGGGAUCGCUCUCUGUACUGCCACGUGCGUGACAUCGCGACUAUUUCGAUUUUAACAAAGCUUUAAAGUGUUCCUGUUCGUUUCGUAUUAUCACGGAGUUCAGUGCGACGCAACGAUUGUUGUCAGUGCCCAGUUUGUAGUAAUUAAUAAAGGAAGUGUUCGUCGCGUGAUUGCAUUUUGUGUUUGUGUUUGUUGCGAUGACAGUUCGCAAGCGGACUCGAGUGCGGUAGAACCGCGUCGACAUGCUGGCGACUCUCGGCGUCGUGGUCGCGUGGACAGUGUGCUGGGUGUCAGCGGGCGGCGCGCACUCCCAACCUCUCUCUAUUCCGGGCUGCUGUCCCGCCGGCCUCAGCCUCGAUCUCGCGGCGCUCAGUGCGCUCGUGAUCACCCCCGCCGCUGUGCCCUCGGCCUGUGUGCCCCAGACUGAUCUUCAGCAAAAAUGGGUACCGCUCGUGUACGGGCCGGUCGUGGGACGCUUCUUGGAGCGUGGUCGUUUGCCCGCACAGUGGAAGUUUCGCGACGCGACCGUCCCGAAUUGCAAGGAGCUCCAGAUCAUUCCAGAACACGCGGCUGCUUACGCGCUUCUCAGAAAUGACGGCUCUCUAAUGAUGAUCCGGAGUAGAGGACGAGCGCUGGCCUUGUCGCGAUACUGCACGGAUGCCGCUGCAGCCCUCGUGUGCGCCGAGGAUGUCACGCACACGUUAUCCAAGUGUUGUGGCGAGGGACGAGUGUUUGACGGUGGCCAUUGUAUCUUGAACGAGUCCAAGUCUGUUGAGGUUCUUGCGGAACUGCGGAAAUUAGCUAACGGCACCGUCGUCGGAGGCGGGUGGCCCACAUGCGUCGCCGGCUUGAGCUACGGGGUGACGGGCGCCCUGAGCGGAGCCGUGCUGAUGCCGGACGGCGCGCUAGAACUUAGUGGCACCAAGCUAGAGGCGGGUGCGUGGUGUGCAGAAGCAGUGGUGGGUGAGGAGGGCACGCGCAUUUUGACUUGCGAAGCGGUGGCGAGCGCGGUGGUCCCGCGGCGGACAGCUCGGCACGCGCUCUACGGUGCAGGGCUGGCUGUGGGCGCGGCGUUCCUGGCCGCCACGCUGGCGGCUGGAUUCGCGCUGCCGGCGGCUCACCACGCGCUGCACUGGCGGUGCCAGACGCACUAUGUGGCGGCGCUGAUGCUGGGCGACGUGCUGCUGGCGGCGACGCAGCUGGCCGACAACUCCGUGCCGCCGACAUUGUGUCGCGCGCUAGCGGUCUGCAUGCACUUCUUGUUCCUGUCCGCGUUCUUCUGGCUCAACACGAUGUGUUUCAACAUUUGGUGGACUUUCCGGGACUUCCGCCCGACCUCGCUGGAACGCGGCCAGGAGGCGUGGCGCCUCCGCGUGUACAUGGUGUACGCGUGGGGCGGGCCGCUGCUGGUGGCCGGCACCGGCGCCCUGCUCGACCACCUGCCGGCCGGCGCCGCGCCUCUGCUGCGGCCGCGCUUCGCCGUGCAGCGUUGCUGGUUUUAUGGUGACAUGGAGAUUCUCGUCUACUUCUUCGGUCCUGUGGGCGUCUUGCUUCUGGUCAAUCUUGCACUCUUCAUUUCUACCACGCGCCAGCUGACCUGCGGCCUCUGGCGGCGCGAUGAGGUCAAGUCUACAUCCGAGAGGGCAGCUUUGGGACGCGUGUGUGCCAAGCUGGUAGUAGUGAUGGGCGUGACGUGGGGUGCGGAUGUGGUGUCGUGGGCGGCGGGCGGGCCGGAGUACGUGUGGUACGCGACGGAUCUGCUCAAUGCUCUCCAGGGCGUGCUCAUCUUCCUGGUGGUGGGGUGUCAACCGCACGCCUGGGCAGCGCUGAAGCGGUGUGCUGCGGCGUGCUGCGCGAAGGGCGGCAGCGGAGGCGGAGAGCGGGGCGCGGGCCGCCACUCCUCGACGCACCUGCCGUCCUGUGGGGAAUCUCUGACGCACACCACGCAGGCCGCCGCCCCGGCCCCUGCGCCAGUACCUACACCCCGCGUCCCCAUGGAGACGGUCUGCUGAACGAAAUCCGAGCGGACUUCACCCGAAAUUCGAGCUUUAAUAUAUUCUCACAUUGAAUAUUUAUUCUACAGUAUUAUUUUGUAUUUUCACUGACGAGCGCGACGCGCGUCGCGUGAUCAACCCGCGCCCGCCGGACUGUGUGUGCGUGCGUGUGCGUGCGUGUGUGUGUGCGUGUGUGUGCGUGGACCACGCGACCGUGGUGUGGUACAGCCCGAUCCGUGUAACGAGCGUAUCGACGACCCUCUUGCCCCGUGAGAUUGGCUGUUCAAUAAAAAUAAAAUAGACAUUAAUGAA